CGGCUGUGUCGGCGGAGAGGGCCGGGACGGGCUCCCCCAACUUUCGUGCCGCUUUUGCACCCCCGGCGAGGCACCACCACCACCGUCCACAUCAUCUUCGGACGGCGUGUUGCGGGAAAACCUGAAAUCAGGACCGGGCGCCCCUCAACCCAGUCGCUACCUUGCUCUCCACAGUGUGCAACAGCGGCGGCGGCGUGCCCGUCGCGCCUGCAGAAGCGCCUGCCGCCGAGCUGCGUGCGCUCGGCGCGUGGUUCCGGCUCGCUCCGAAACUCUGGUUUCGCGGCUACGCUCGAGCCAGCGCAGCAGCGGCAAAAGCUGCGCGCACCGUUGGCGUGACGUGCGCGCUCAGAGAGGUAGAGCCAGUGACACCGGCGGCCUCUCUCAACGUCGUCGUGACACGGCAGUAUAGACCCGCGUCAGCGCGGUUCCGUCGAGCUCCGGGUGGCACUGUCAUCACUUGAGCGUGGUUUGGAGGGCCGACUAUAGAUCGCCCUACUCAACGAAAAAGAGCAGCCCAAACGACGCUGCGAAAAGAGGGCCUCCGAGUCUGUGACCGAGCCCGUAGCUCGUGCUGCUGCUCGCUAGCCUCGUUUUCGUACCAGUUGUAGCUCGCGCGCCGUGCGUGUGAAUUUGGCACACGCGUUUGCCGCGCACUGACUUCCGUUUGGUGGUGUGUUUCUCAGUUUCUGUGGCUCUACGAGAACCGCGCAACAACAAUCGGCGUCCGUGUGAGUGAAUACGCUAACACCGAAGCGGAUUCGCGAGAUUUUGUCCGGCGCCUUUUUCAGUCUCCGUUCUCCCCGAGUCGGCUAUCUCGCCGCACGACACCGGCCAUCAUUCAUUCCUCCGGCUGCGCUUCCGCAUCGCCUCCUCAGUGAACGGCGGGACUGAUAUGCGCCUGCUUGGCCGGAAGCUCCUUGAAUCGCAAGCGCACGUCUGCCGUCACGCUCUCCGCGCCCCUUCCCUUGUGCCGUCGAGAGGGGGCUCUCCCGCAGUGCAGCGAGGAGCCGAGCAAGGGCGGUCCUGCUGCCGACACCGGACCCACGUGCACCGCCGCCACUGCCACCGGCGUGCCUGGUCGCUGGCGACCGGACCCCGCUGCGCGCCCAGUUGAACGCACUCCGUGCUAGAAGAGAGGGCGGCACCUCCUCCUCGCCCCCGGUUGUGAUCCGGAGGCCUCCUUUUCUGCCCGUCGGUGCGCCCAGUUCUUGCCGGCAGCGCCUCGCAAACGCGGGCGCCGAGGCAGUGUUGCACUGCUGCCGCCGCCGCCGCUUCACGAGGCAGGGCAUCUCUUGACGUAGCGUGCGUGCCGCGACCCAGUUGAAACGUGAGCUCAACAGCGGCAUCUGAUUGCCGACGCCGUUGUGCCAAGGCAAGAGAAGCACUGCUGCUGCCUUUGAGAGCAGACACGUCGCGGACUCCUCGUCACGUGCGUUUAUCGGCGCCUCCGGUUGCUGCAGUAGCGAGGCCCAGAAGAAGACUGACUUGACGGCGGGCUGUUCAAAACGCUUGCGCGUGGCGUCACGGCGAAGUUGAUACGGUGGAGUGCCUUGCCCGGUGUUGAUAUACAAACGCACUGCGAGUUGUUUUCCAAACUUUGGUUUCGCCGUUUACAUUUCGCUUUGAAAGCGCGCGUUUGACCGCCGAGGAGGAGUGCCUAGGAGAAGUGCGUCGGACUCUGUCGCUGCGCUGAAGAGAGAAGUGCUCGCGCCCAUUGUGUGAUCGCUCUCCGAGCAGCGCCACGCACCCUACUGUCCCGCCCUUAACGGAUUACGCACGCCAUGAGGGAGGACCCCAGCAGCGGAGAGCCCCUGCUCCCGGGCUCCUCUUCUUCCAAGCCAAUCGUCGUGGUCACGCGUCCGACGACGAGACCGUGGCAGAAGCAGAAGAAGAUGGAGAUGGGAAACCAGGACGAAGCUCCCAAGGACCCGGGAGCUCUGACCUCUCACCCAAGCUACACGGACAAGGACUUUGAAGGUCACCGAGCUCACACGGUGUAUGUUGGGUUGCACGUGCCUGGUUACCGCCGGCGCGGCCACCGCAGGCACCACCGGCACCACCACAAGAAUGGUCACGCCCGUAAGGACGAAGGCGCCACCGGCGACGGCAACCACCGAUCAGUUACUCCCCCAGCGGAGCGGGUCCACUUUAUCCUCGGAGAGGAAGAAGAUGGCCUACACGAAGCACAUCCGCUGUUCAGCGAGAUGGAGAUCCUUUGCGCUGAAGGGGAUGAGAUGGAGUGGAGAGAAGCAGCGAGAUGGAUCAAGUUUGAAGAGGAUGUGGAAGAAGGAGGUGAUCGAUGGUCCAAACCACACGUGUCAACCAUCUCGCUUCACUCGUUAAUGGAGCUACGCAGCUUUAUUCUCAAUGGCACCAUCAUGCUUGACAUGGAAGCCAGCAGCUUGGAGAAUAUAGCUGAUCUGGUCUUGGAGAACAUGGUGAAUGGCGGUCAGUUGCCUGCGGGUGAGCAGUUGGAGCGUACCAAAGAAGUACUCCUGCGCCGUCACCGGCAUCAGCAUGAGCGACACCGCACAGACAAAGGCUCGCGGCUGCCCCUGAUUCGAUCUCUCGCUGACAUUGGCCGCAAUUCCUCCAAGAGCAUGUUCGGAGCCCACACCAACGGGGGCAAGGAUUCUAGUCCGUCACUUAACCCCGAUCCAUCGUCUGUGGUGGUCUCAACGACACCAGCUGUCACAAACGCCGAAGCAACAAACCGUGGAGGCUGGCGUCCCACCAGAAUCCUCCGAGAACUCUUUUGUGGUGGCUCUGGCAACAACACAGAGGGCAUGACUCAGAGCCCCAGCUCCAAUUCUCUUCACAUUCACGCUCCACACCCGGCACUGGCACACAGCGGCUCCACUCUGACAGAUGCUGCCACCAAUGCCAGUUCUCCUGACCUCCAACACAGGUUAAACCAGGCAUUCAUGAAGAAAAUCCCACCAGGAGCCCAAGCGUCCAACAUUCUCGUUGGCGAAGUGGACUUCCUCGAACGACCAAUUACGGCCUUUGUGCGGUUGGCGGCCGCAGUGCCCUUGGGUGACCUCACUGAGGUGCCCGUGCCUACUCGGUUUCUGUUCCUGUUGCUUGGGCCUCAGGGCAACAUGGUGCGCUACCACGAGAUUGGCCGCGCCAUUGCUAUUCUCAUGUCUGACGAGGUCUUCCAUGACGUUGCUUUCAAGGCCAAAAACAGAGACCACCUUUUGGCUGGAGUCGACGAGUUCCUGGACGCAGCCACAGUGCUGCCUCCAGGUGCCUGGGAUCCUUCCAUCCGCAUUGAGCCCCCGCAGCAUGUUCCCUCACAGGAAGGGCGCAAGAAGCAGGAGCCUUCGAAGGAACCGGCUUUCUCCCCAGAGGAGGAGGAAGAAAAGGAAAGAGAGGAGAGUGGUCUCAAGAGAACUGGAAGGUUGUUUGGUGGCCUUAUCAACGACAUCAAACGCAAAGCGCCAUGGUACCUGAGUGACUUCAAGGAUGCCAUUGCCCUUCAGUCUAUUGCUUCCGUGUUCUUCUUGUAUUUCGCCUGCCUUACGCCCAUCAUCACUUUUGGUGGUCUUCUGGGCUCGGCAACAGAGCAGAGAAUUGCAGCCAUGGAGAGCUUGAUGUCUGGAGCUGUGUGUGGAAUCCUCUAUGGCCUAUUCAGUGGUCAGCCACUGACUAUCCUGGGUAGCACUGGACCUGUGCUAGUAUUUGAGACAAUUCUAUACGACUUCUGCAAGGACCAUGACCUGGACUAUCUUUCACUACGGCUAUGGAUUGGCUUAUGGACAGCAACCAUCUUAGUUCUCCUCGUGGCUUUUGAUGCCAGUGCAUUAGUGUGCUACAUUACACGCUUCACAGAAGAAAAUUUUGCAACCCUCAUUUCACUCAUCUUUAUCUACAAAGCCGUCGAAAACGUGUUGAAGAUUGGCCACAAGUACCCGAUGAACCUGGAUAUUGACCUGCGUGUUGACUGCUACUGUGAGCCGCCAAAUGGAACGGACUUGUACAAUUCGACUUAUAACUGGACCGUGUUGAGCAAGCAUGCCUGCAAGGAGCUCGGAGGCACUCUGCAGGGUCUGGGCUGUCAGUACUAUGCGGACGUCUUUCUGUUCUCAGUGCUGCUGUUCAUCACCACAUUUUCACUGGCCGUCUUCCUCAAGGACUUCAGAACCACCAGCUACUUCCCCACCUAUGUGCGAGCACUGGUGAGCGAUUUUUCCGUGGUUAUUGCCAUCUUACUCAUGACUGUAGCAGACAUGCUUCUUGGCUUGGACACUCCUAAACUGGAGGUGCCUGAAAAGUUUGAGCCAACCUGGGAGGGCCGUGGCUGGCUAAUUCCGGUGCUGGGUCGCAAUCCCUGGUGGACGAUCUUAGCCGCCAUAGCCCCUGCAAUGCUGGCGACCAUCCUCAUCUUCAUGGACCAACAGAUCACAGCUGUCAUCAUCAACCGCAAGGAAAACAAGUUGAAGAAAGGUUGCGGCUACCAUCUCGACCUCUUGGUGUUGAGUGUCCUGAUUGCCAUCUGCUCUGUUCUUGGGCUGCCCUGGUUCGUCGCAGCUACAGUGCUAGCCAUGACUCACGUUAACUCUCUGCGAAUGGAAUCAGAAUCGUCAGCACCAGGAGAGAAGCCGCAGUUCCUGGGUGUAAGAGAGCAAAGGCUCACCCAGGUGUUUAUCUUUCUUCUGGUGGGCCUCUCAGUAUUCUUCACUCCUGUUCUCAAGCGUAUUCCUAUGGCUGUAUUAUAUGGUGUCUUUCUCUACAUGGGAGUGUCAUCCCUCAAAGGCUCACAGUUCUUCGACCGCAUACUGAUCAUGUUCAUGCCACAAAAGUACCAGCCCGACUACAUGUUCCUGCGGCAUGUUCCCACCAUGCGAGUGCACCUGUUCACGCUCAUACAGCUCACUUGUCUCGUCUGCCUCUGGCUCAUCAAGUCGUACAAGCCAUCUUCCAUUGCAUUCCCUCUCAUGCUUGUGGUCAUGAUUGGUGUGCGGAAGUUGCUGGACUUCAUCUUCACCCAGCGAGAACUGAAAGUUCUCGAUGACGUCAUGCCUGAACACACUAAAAAGAAGCGAGAGGAAGACAAGAUGAAGGAAGCUGAACAGGAAGAAUUCGAAAUGAAGCCUGCAAAACUGGGUUUGAUGCAGGAGGAAACUGGGGAUAAGAAUGCGCUGCUCCCGGAGGCCAGUUCAGGGAAUGUGGCCAUCGCUUUAGUGAACGGCAACCUCAUCAAGGUUCCCAUGGAGAAAUACAAGGAGGAGGCUGAGCUGCCACAGAUAAACAUCACCGAGCAGCUCUCGCAGACAGGCCUUUGGCAGGCCAUCGACCAGCACAACCAGCACAAGGGUGGCAACCCUUCCUCAGGAGGAGGGUCCAAGGCGGCAGACGACGGGUCCAGAAAAAAGAAACGUGGAAGUAAGAAAGAUGCGCUCAACGAAGAGGAACGCAAGCGUCUCUCUACCAUGGCUGAAGAGGACGACGAGGAGGAUUGUGGCAUCACCAUCCGCAUAGACGCCCCUACACCCGUGCCCUCCAAGCACGGUUCGCCCCAAGAGGCCAAGAAGCCCUUUCCCAAUGGCAGCGAGACGUCCGUUUGACGCCAGAUGAGCCCUUAGGUUUAUUUUCUUUUUUUUUUUUUCCCUGGACGUUCAUUCCCCCCAAGGCUCUCCCCCUUUUCAGGCGUUCCCCCAAUGUGCCCCUUGCCCUCAUCAGCACAACACAGGUGUCCCUUUCCAGGUGCCAAGGGUCAGGGGUACAUUCGAGAAACGAAGGGCUUGCUGGGCAUAGAGCGGUGCGCGAGAGGCAGGCCACACCGGCAGUCCUCCGUGUGGCAGCCAUCGAGAGUGCAGCACUUCUAGAGAACACUAUUUCCGAUGGCCUGCGUUCAGGGCUCUGUCCUGGUAGUGCAAAAGAGCCCAGAGAAACCAGUCCAUAGCAUAACAGGCACAUGCACCUGUGCAGCUCUCUAGUUGUGCUCUACAUGGGUCUUGCAAAUGCAACCCGAGAUGAAGGUCUGUGGGAAUUAUUGCAGACUUUGCUGUCUGCAGGAUUUUUGGAGUCUCCCCAGUGCUCUACCAGAUUCUGGAAACCUGCACUCCAAACUUUCCCUCAGGUGCCUAUCUUGGUGGCAGCUAGUGAGGCCUGUGGAAACACAACAGGAGAAAGUGUUUUUUUUUUUCCUUCUUUUUUUGUCAAUGUUGUUGCCAUUGUCACAGGUGUAUAAGAUGCAAUUUCGAGGACCCGAUAAGCCGAAAAAUUUGAAGUUGACAAAGGUCACAGCCGCUGUCGUGCUUUUGGAAAUGUCGAUCGAUGGAGUCUGCUGGGCCACUUGGGACUACCUCAUGAGCUGGCCUUCACUCGGAGGCAUGUGGUUAUGGUAUUGUGAAGCGGCUUCCCUUUGCUGCAUAAUCUAACUGUGAGACAGCUGAAGUGACAAGCCUUGAGAGACACAAUCCUGUCCAAUGUGCUGGACCAGUUCUCAACGAGAGGAUUUCUUUUUAUAGUUGUUCUUGUUACACAUUGCUAUGGGCAAGAAGCUGUGCAGUUCUAGGGGUGGACAGUGCAUUUGUUUGAAUCUGCUUUAGUGUCCAUUAAUAUGCUAGCAGAGAGUGUAAGAGCUGGUGAAAUGUUUAACAGCAUGGUAGCCCUUGUAGCAUCUUUUAAAUUUUCUUGCUGUUCUCUCGCGCAGGUCUUAGCAGUGCGUCGUGUUGAGCUUAUAACUUGUUUCUGCCUGCAUUGUCCCAGCCCAUUAGAUUUUAUGGUUGCAGCACACAAGCGAGCGCUUGAAGGCUAGACUCUUUUCAAGUUGCAUAUUUAUUUGCUAGUCUGUAACAGAGUCCUCUCUAUCUUUUUUUUUUUUUCUGCAUAAGAGUUGCUCAGUUUUAUAUGCGUAUCUAAGGCAGGGAAAUGUUGAUUGUUGUGUUCAGAAUCCCCGUGAAUGUUCUUACCUUGCUUCUGAUAAGCUUUUCAGAGCACAAGUCCGUAGAGUAUGCAGCAUACAACUGCUUCUUCUAAAUUAUACACUGUGCACAUUUGUAUGAUUGAUAAGGAGCAGCUAUGUUUCCAUGCUCAGUUAUCGCUGACUUUUUUUUAAAUCUGUGGGAACACUUUAGAAGUAUGUUCUCUACUAAUCUGCAAAGAACACACUUGAGACAAAGAAUGACAUUUGUUACUAGCUGCACAGAAUAUUUUUAGAUACUGAUGUUGAGUCAAGUCCUUUGUUAGGCUGUCUUGAUUAAAGUAGCCAGCAGACAACUCACGUUUCCUACUUCUUAAAGUUUAGCUUAUCCAUUAGAGCAACUCAGGAAAGCAGUGUGUCGAAGAUGUGCUAGUAGUUUAGGGCCAGUGUAGUUUAGCAAAGUGACACUGCUUUAAAAUUAAAUUCAGCAUGAUUAAACAUUUUGUUUUUGUACAUACAUUCACCUCUUCCUUGCAUGGCUUGAAUAGGCUGUCAAUCACAUUUUUCGAGGUAGGGUGUGAUGCAUAUUGUUGUCCUAGUGCCAUAUUUCGUCCGGCGAGUUAUGGUAGGGUUGAAAACAGAUGUGCUCAACUGGUGAUUUCUGUGUUGGCCCCAUAUUUCAUGUUAUUUUCUUCUGUGAACGAAAAUCAUGAGGAGAGCAUCGCAUAUGUAACAGUCAUUGUGUACUGGAAGGUACAGUGCAUUUUUUCUUAUGUGUGUGUAAGAAGUCAUUUUACUGAAAAAGAUCUGCACCUAUAUUUUAUGACAUCUUGCAGUUAUGGGCCUUCAUGUUUUGUUCACUGCUUACUGGGGGCUCGUUGGUGUGAUGGGAAGCAUUUAUUAGUCUUUGCAGUGGCUGUGUGCACACUCUGAACUGUUUUAAACAAUUGAAGAAUGUCUAACGGUACACACAGUAGUGGCAUUGAGAGAGAGAGAGAGAGUUUGUGUAUGUGUGUGAAAAUGUGCGCAUGUGUGCGAGUUGUGUAUGAAUGCAUAAAUUGUUCUCUAAAUGUGUCUUCUUGCAUACCUGCCUUAUAGAAAAGUACAACGAUAGAAAACGGCAUCAGAAAGUAAAACUGCGAAUGAUAUAUUGAUCAAAAACGAACACCUGAUCAUCGAUGGGGCCUAUAGCCAGCUCUGAAAUUCAACUUGUGCCGUCAGCUUCUGACAUCUCGGUGAUUUCCUUUCUUUCUAGAUUGAAAUGAUGUCCUGUCUACGCGUGUGUGAUCAGGUCAUAUUACACACUAUUUCGAGAGUUGAAGGAUUCUGAGAAUGAGUAGAGUUAUUGAUGUCUGUAGUCUUUGUUGCCAAAGCAAGAGAAGAGUUCUGUAGCUUCAACAAUUAAUGUACUUGGCUCUGUAGGGCAUCCGUUUCCAUUGCGUUGCAAAGUGAUUGAAUGAGCUUCCGUUUUACUUAAGCAACAACCACUCAUAUAGCAUUUGUGACGGUGAUUCUGUCAUGAACAACUCUGCGCAGUGUGGAGCAGCUAGCUUUUCACACAUUGUCCAUAGUACCAAUACAGUUAUUUUUGUCUGCGUAGAGAUCCGCUGCUUGUUCUCUAAUAACAAGCAGACAAGCAGAUGCAAGAGAACAAAAGCAGAGCCAGCCAAAUCUUCACGACUAUGUUUUCGGGAUUUCUCCGCGACCCGAAGGGUUUCUCCAGUUCUUGUGCCAUCUCAUGAUUAGAGUGCAGUUUUCUUAGGGUGUGCAGUAGCUGCACUUUGUUUGCCGUAGCUGUAUUGAAUCGAGAAGUGACAAAGGAGCUGAGACCAUAGUUUUACGUAGAUGCCCUACACACACAUACAUACGCAAACAUUACGUUGCAUCGUACAUACUCCACUCCUAUGGGGGAGGGAAAAGAAUGACAGGCUUCUGUAUGAAAAACAGUUCAGAAAUAUGAAAAAAAAAGGUAAUGCUAUGUCUCUAUGUGUGAUAAAUAAAAUGUGUUAGAAUUACUUGCUCAUUAUGGGCGGGCAUUUCGGUCUCCUGUAGCUAGGGGGCAGUAGUCGUGUUGUUUGAGCCUUGGGAUGUAGUCAUCAGAGGAUAUAGCACUCACUUGCAGAGCAGCGUAAGCAAGUUGACUCCUUAAUUUACAAUAAAAUCUCGGUCGGUUUAGUUUGUUUUUAUUGUUGGGAAGCCCAGGACACAGUUGAGAGCAGUGGCCCGAAAUGUUGUACAUUCUCUUCUUACAGGCUGCGUCUGUGCACCACUGGGCUGUGCAAACCUUCCUUUGUUUGUCUCUUUUACUUUGUUUGUCGGGCAGGAUGGCGGUUGCUAGAUGCAAUAAAAGUAGACAGCUGUAAUCCUUGUACGAAGGGUGGGUGGGUGCAUAAGAAAAAUAUAAAUUUGCUACUGUUGCAAUGUACACUAUUCAGUAAAGAAAAUUCUUUUUUCAAUGUGGCAAGAAAAAUAUGAAAAUAAAGAUGCUGCUUUUAUAAAA